AUGACCAACGAUAUGCCCUAUGCAAUCAAUGGUCUUGCUGAGAUUGGUCACGAUAUUCCUUUUGCAGAUUUCAGAGACCUGGAUGAUCGAACUCCUAGAGAAGGUCGACAGAGAUACCCGCUCAAUUUAGAGCCCUACAUCGCAAGACGAGACCCAGACGGAAGACAGAACCACAUCAGCGUACACUUGUACGAUCUCGAAGCCCGUGGUGGCAGAUUUGGACAAGCAGGCGAACGGUUCAGUGUCGACCGGAAUACCCUGUUCGAAUUCUUACCCCGGACCAGACAUGCUGUGAGACGAGGAACGCUCAUGCUGGAGAGCUUCUUCCUCCCGGUGGACCUGGACCCUCACCCACCUUAUAUGAUACAUCGCGCUCUGCAUUUGCUCUUUCACCACCUACAGGAAUAUUCCCGAACUGGCAGACUCGACAUGUUCGGCGCUGCAGUGCAGGAAAUCGACCAUGACCCGGUUCGCGACCGUGCAGUGAAUCGCUGGGCGGCUAUCAUGCACGCUCUGUGCGUCGUGCUCGACAACGAGCGAGGUCUAGGCUGUGCAGAGGAUCUUCUGGCCGAGAUGCUCGACUUUUUCGAAUUCCUCAUCAGAGAUGUUCAUGACCUCUUGGGGUGGGAGGGGACGACGAUUCUUUUUGAAGCAUUUGCAGGUGUUUUUCGCACAGCGCAAGGCGAUUUGGUGCGUCAGAUUCGUAGGAUCUGGAGCCAAUUUGAUCCUGAAGUACAGGAACAGCUGUUGGGCGACAUGAGGCGUGCGCUACCAGUCGAGGGCAUCGAUGGAAUGGCGCACCGCAUGUAUAGAACAUUGGGAUACUAG